AUGGCUCGAGCCGGACAAGCUGUCGACCCUUCGCCGCUGGGUGAACCCUUGGAGUUUCACUUCGCCCGGCGCUCCACCCCAAAUCGUUUCCUCAAGGCCGCCAUGAGUGAGCGGAUGUGUUCGUGGUCGGAAGAGAACCCUUCUGCUCGUGGGAUACCAAGCAGUGAGUUAAUAGAGACCUAUCGUACCUGGGGACGGGGCAACAUAGGCGCAAUUGUGACUGGGAAUGUCAUGAUCGAUCCCAACCACAUCGAAGUAGAGGGAAACCCGAUAAUCCCGCCUAGCGCUCCAUUCUCAGGAGAACGGUUUGGUCAGUUCACGAAUCUAGCUGCUGCUGCCCGUGCAAAUGGAUCAUUAAUACUGGCACAAAUCAGCCAUCCAGCACUUGUCAGCGAUGUGCCACUGGAUACCAAGAAUAUGGGGAACACCUUUGCCGUUCCUCGGGCUGCUACCGAGGAUGAGAUCAAAAAUAUAAUUACGGGAUUUGCUCACGCGGCCGAGUUUCUAGAUAGAGCCGGAUACGAUGGGAUCGAAUUGCAUGCAGCGCACGGCUAUCUGCUGAGCCAGUUUCUCUCACAAGCGACGAAUCUCCGAAGAGAUAAAUACGGAGGCAGUCCUACGAAUCGCAUGCGUUUGAUUCUAGAGAUCCGUGCAGCAAUCACGGAGAAUGUCCGUCCGGGAUUUAUAGUUGGGAUCAAAAUUAACAGUGUCGAGUUUGAGCCAGACGGGAUUGUUCGUGACGAGGCCUGGGAACUGUGUCGUGCGCGUGAGGAGCACGAAUUCGACUUUGUGGAAUUAUCUGGAGGGAGAUAUAAGAACUUGGACGAGGAUGAUACUGCAAAGCAUGUCAUAUCGAAGAAACACGAGGCUGUAAGCUCUCUCGACUUUACGCUUUCCGAAGUUGACGGCAUUGGGCUUGCGCGUCCAUUCUGUCAGGAGCCAUUCCUUUGCCACGACAUAUUGAGUGGCAAGAUACCUGGCGCCACAAUUCCGGUUAUGGAUCAGCUCAAUUAUCAGCUCGCUGUUGCAGCCGCAUGCAUUCAAAUGAGACAAAUUAGAAACAAUGUGCAGCCGAUGGAUUUGAGCUCCCAGGACGCGGUAGAUGCUGUCACUGCAGCGGUUAAGGGUUGA